CGACGCGGAGCCCGCCGGCAGCGCCAGCGCCGGCGCCGCCUCCUCCAGCGCCCUCAUGACAGCGCAAAUCGAGAUCAUCCCGUGCAAGGUGUGCGGAGACAAGAGCAGCGGCGUGCACUAUGGGGUGAUCACGUGCGAAGGCUGCAAGGGCUUCUUUCGGCGGUCGCAGAGCUCCGUCGUCAACUACCAGUGCCCCCGCAACAAGAACUGCGUCGUCGACCGCGUCAACCGCAACCGCUGCCAGUACUGCCGCCUCCAGAAAUGUCUUCGCCUUGGCAUGUCCAGGGAUGCGGUGAAAUUUGGGCGCAUGUCGAAGAAGCAGCGCGAGAAGGUGGAGGACGAGGUGCGCUUCCACCGCGCGCAACUGCGUGCGCAGACGGAGACGGCACCAGACAGCUCUGUCUUUGACCAGCAGACGCCUUCCUCUUCCGACCAGCUGCAGUCUGCCUACAAUGGCAGUUAUUCAUAUAACAAUGAUCUGAGCAGCUACACACCUGCAGCAAGCUACACCUAUACGCCAGCACCAGUACAAGCAAUGACAUAUGAUAUUAGUGCAGACUAUGUUGACAGCACGACCGCAUAUGAUCCUCGCCCAGGCACACAAAGUCUUGAGCUAGCAACUGAUAGUGGGAUUGUGGCUAGUGUUAGCACAGCAGGAGGGAAGACGCCGAUAGGGUCCGGGGCUGGCGCCGGCGGAGCCGGCACGCCCCAUGCAGCGCUGCGGGUGGGCAGCGGCGGGGGUUUGGUGGCGGUCAAGCAAGAGGCUGCACCUGUUGCAGCUGCCUCUGUCGAAAACUUGGUGGCGGGCUUUGUAGAUAGCACAACGUUCCUGACAGCCUCCUCCUCCUCGUCACCUGGCGGCGGUGCCCACGAGCACCAUGUGCACCAGGAGCCCACAACCGUCCACCCCAAUCCUGCCCAGAUCUCAGAGUUGCUAAGCAAGACGAUAGCAGAUGCACAUGCGAGAACAUGUUUAUACACUAUAGAACAUAUCCAUGAAAUGUUCAGAAAGCCACAGGAUAUGUCAAAAAUAAUGUAUUACAAAAACAUGGCACAUGAGGAACUGUGGCUAGAGUGUGCUCAGAAAUUAACAACAGUUAUUCAGCAAAUCAUUGAAUUUGCAAAAAUGGUGCCUGGUUUUAUGAAACUCUCACAGGAUGAUCAAAUUGUGCUUCUUAAAGCAGGUAGUUUUGAGCUUGCUGUGUUACGGAUGAGUCGAUAUUAUGAUCUAAGUCAAAAUAGUGUACUCUAUUCUGACACAAUGCUGCCACAAGAUGCCUUCUAUACUAAUGAGACUGCUGAAAUGAAGCUGGUGACAUGUGUGUUUGAAUUUGCAAAAAGUGUAGCUGAACUGAAGUUAACAGAAACAGAACUGGCAUUAUAUUCAGCAUGCAUUCUGCUUUCAACAGAUCGCCCAGGCCUUAAAGGUUUGGCUGAAAUCAGCCGACUGAGUCAAGCAGUGUUGAGAGCACUGCGCUUAGAGUUGGAUCGGAAUCAUGCUGUGCCCAUCAAGGGAGAUGUCACUGUCUGUGAUGCUAUGCUCGCCAAGAUAGCCACACUCAGGUAACCUUCCAGACCCUUUUUCAUCACCUGCAGCUGUCAGCAGCUAUGGAGAAGCAGUCUUUCCACUCCCGUUAUUGUCACGGGGACCCUCGUGUUAUUUACAAUGAGUUCAACUGAUGAAUAAAAGACAUCAUUUUCUGUGGGGAGUAUGUUACUGCAGUGAUUCUUUUGCAACAAAGGAGACUUUCUGAGUGUUCAAAAAUAGGUGAAUGGCAUUGAAAUGUCACAUUUAUUUUUAAAAUUAUGGCUCAAGGGUGAGUGUUUUGUGUUAUUUGCUGUGUUGGUCCAGACAUGCUUAAUGAGCAAUGAUGUGGAAUAUAAGGAUAAAGCAAUGUUAGAGUUUUGCUUAAAACAGACUUUUAAUAUGUGGAAUUGCAAUGCUGAAAGGAUUUCUUUACACAGAACUUGAGACAUUUAGGUCCACUCCUUUUUUUCAAUUUCUGUGUUUAUUUUCACAUAGCAUGU